CUUUGGAGAUGUCAGAGGAGAGUCAAGUUUCUCCUUCUUUUCCACCAGAUUCAGUUAAAGUGAUCGCAGAAAGCAUUGGUAUUUCUGCUAUUGGUGACGAUGUUGCCAAAGAGCUCGCGGAAGAUGCCACUUUCAGACUAAAGAUUUUAAUUCAGGAUGGCAUGAAGUAUAUGCAUCACGGAAAACGGAAACGAUUUUCAACAUCGGAUUUUGACCAUGUAUUAAAAAUGAAAAAUAUUGAGCCACUGUAUGGCUUACAGGCUGUGGAACACAUUCCUUUCCGGUUUGCUUCUGGUGGUGGACGAGAACUACAUUUUUUAGAAGAUAAGGAGAUUGAAAUUAAUGAAAUGGUAUCAUCUCAGACUCCUCGCCUUCCCCUACAAACAACAAUAAAACCUCAUUGGUUGGCUAUUGAUGGGGUACAACCUACAAUCCCAGAAAAUCCCCCUCCAAUCACCAAAGAUAUUCAGAAGAAAGAUGCAGUGGACCCAGCAACUAAACUCUUGGCACAGCAAGAUAAUAAAGAUCAAAAGCACAUUCAUGGGCGUGGAAUGAAGAGUAUUGAAACUGUGAAGGUCAAACAGUUGGCUACCCAUGAACUCUCCGCUGAGCAGCAACUGUAUUACAAGGAGAUUACAGAAGCUUGUGUAGGAUCUGAUGAACCAAAGAGAGGGGAAGCCCUUCACAGUUUGGCAUUUGAUCCUGGCCUCCACCAAAUGGUACCACGACUCAGCACCUUCAUUGCUGAGGGUAUUCGGGUGAAUGUUGUACAGAAGAAUUUGGCGCUUCUUAUUUACUUGAUGAGAAUGGCAAAGGCUCUCCUUGAUAACCAAACACUGUACCUGGAAAAAUAUAUGCAUGAACUGGUUCCCUCAGUAAUGACAUGCAUUGUAAGCCGCCAACUUUGCAUGAAACCCGAUAUGGACAAUCAUUGGGCUCUAAGAGAUUUUGCUGCUCGUCUUAUCUCACAGAUCUGCAAAAAUUAUAACACUACAACAAACGGUCUGCAGACACGCAUCACUCGAGUUUUCUCUAGGUGUUUGAACACAGACCGAACACCACUGUCCUCCGUUUAUGGUGCUGUGGCAGGCUUGUCAGAACUUGGUCCAGAAGUUACUAAAGUGUUUGUUAUGCCAAAAUUGAAGGCCUUGAGUGACAAGAUCGAGCAGUGUAUGGAAGGAAUGAAUGCAUAUGAUAAAAAUGCUGCGUCCCACAUCAAAGGACUGUUGCUGAAAACUGUUGCACCAGUUCUCAAAACACUACGCAACCCUCCUGAUACUGUGGCUGAUUAUAAGGCUGAGUAUGGGUAUCUGGGUCCCCAGCUGCAGGUGGCUGUGGUGAAAGCACGUCAAGCCCCACCUCCCACUGCCACUACACUCACUGCCCCCAUAAGGGCCAUCACACCUACCACAACUCGCAUUAUACAGCAAGGUGGCAUGCCAGGAAUGGGUGGAAUGGGUCCCCGAACUGUGGUUGUAAACAAGCCUCCAACCUCAAGCAUGACUCAGCAGCAGCCUGGCCAGAAAGUUAUUAUUAUGACCUCUCGACCUCCAACACCAAGCCAGAGUGUAACCACAGAAACCAUGGGUGGGGUGAUGAAAACUGCAGUAGUCAAUGCAGGUGGUCCAUGCAACACAGGACUUACUACAGUUACAGUUAACCCUGGGAGCCUCCCAGCAGGUUCUCUGUCCCAAACUAACAUGGCCACAAAUGCAAUUGCACAGCAAUCAGCUACACAUCAAACAACCAAGUAUGUUGUUGUCACAGCUCCAAAUCAGGUUUCUAUUAAGACUGAAAUUAAAGAAGAAGUGGAAACUACAUAAGAUCAACAUGUGGAUCAUGUAUAGCUAAAUCUUUGUUUGAUUUAGGCUUUAUGUAUCUACAUUAUUUUAUGUAUCUACGUUAUUUUCAUAUAGUCGGACUUGAGUCCUGGAAAUGGGAAGUACAAUGCCUGCACUUUAAAGGAGGGGUUUGGGAUAUUGGCAGUUUGGAGGGAUAUGUUGUGUAUCUUUAUAUGUGUAUGCUUCUGAACUGUUGUAUUCUGAGCACCUCUGCAAAAACAGUGAUAAUGUGCGAGUGUGGUGAAAGUGUUGAAUGAUGAUGAAAGUAUUUUCUUUUUGGGGAUUUUCUUUCUUUUUUUUGGGUCACCCUGCCUCAGUGGGAGACGGCCGACUUGUUAAAAAAAAAAAAAAAAAGUAUCUACAUUAUCAUAUGUGGACUUUUAUCUGCACUGCAUGGUUCCCUAGGAGAAACAUAUGUACACCAAACUAAACUGCGUUAUUGUGUCUCCAGCUCAGCCAGCACUUCCAAAAAUUCUGGAUACAAAAGAAUAAGAAGAGAAGCAAUAUGUUUUAAAAUUUCCCAGAUACUGAUAGCACUUGGAAAUAUGCAGUAAUAGCAUACAAAUAAAUUAUUCAAGUAAUGACAACCUACCAUUGAAAGUUACUAGUGCUUUCACUCUAUUUAGCUUUGAAUACAAAGAAGUACAAGUAGCAUUUUAA